AGCAAAACAGUUGAAGAAGAACAAAAAGAGGUUCGUUCACUUUAAACCAACACUUGUUCAAUUUCAAUGCUAUAAACUGCAAUUAUUUUUUCGCAUAUACAAAUAUAUAAAACACUGCACUGAAGAAACUUUAUAAAAUUGUAGAAGAAAAUACAACAAAAAAAAUUACUGUGAUUUCAAGAAAAAUAUUAUUUUGUGUUGAACAAAAAAUACAAAUUUAUUAAAGGAAAAAAAAUAAAUAAAACUAAAAAUACAAACGGAUUAACAUCAUACAUUUUUUGCCAUACAACUACAAAGAAAGAAAGAAGAAAAACGCAACAUUUGCAAAUAAUUUUUUUUAGAAGAUAGAAGAAGAAGAAACAGCAGCAGACGAAUUCAUACGACAAAAGGCGACGACAGACAGAACAACCACACACAGCACAACGCAGAGAAGUGAAGGGGAAUAAAAUAAAAAAGUAACGCCAAAAAUAAAAAAAUAUAAUUAUUUUAAACAAAAUUAAAUUAGAAUUCGUUUGAAGUAGUUAACGAAAAUCAUAGAAAAAUAGUUUAUAAAUUUGUUACUAAAGCCUUAACAGAGAAAAAAAGUUUGUGGUCAUUUACAUUAAGUGUGCUGAAAGAGGAGUAGUAAAGGGAGAAACAGCCCAGAUUUUGGAAAUAAAUCCUUUAAAGUCUGCGUCAAAAAAUAUAAUAAUCUACAGCCUUAGUGUUUUUUCCACAAAUAUUCAUCAAAAAGCAAUAAUAUCAAGUGCUUUAUUUAACAAAAACGCGUCAUAGAAACAAAACCAAACGCAUUAGAGUACGGUUUACAAUAGAAAAUUCGAUUCUCAUACAAAAAAAAAACACUUUCACUUGCAUAUUGUAAAUUUAAAUUUUCGCACUACAGCAGGACAAAAGAGAAAACAUCCCAACUGGCUCCAUUCAAUCAAAACGUCAACACGAAAUCUCUAGAUAACGAGCGAGAAGAAAACGAAAUGGUAAUGGAUGCAACUCAACCCCAACAACCAUCGCCACAAUCGGUUGGACGUGAAUUUGUCCGCCAAUACUAUACUCUACUGAACAAGGCACCCAAUCAUUUGCAUCGUUUCUACAAUAAUAAUUCCUCGUUUAUACAUGGUGAAUCGACCCUUGUGGUUGGUCAAAAGAAUAUUCACAAUCGCAUUCAACAAUUGAACUUCCACGAUUGUCAUGCUAAAAUCAGUCAAGUAGACGCCCAGGCAACAUUGGGCAAUGGCGUUGUUGUCCAAGUCACCGGAGAGCUGUCAAACGAUGGCCAACCUAUGCGUCGUUUUACUCAAACCUUUGUGUUGGCUGCUCAGUCGCCAAAGAAGUACUACGUGCAUAACGAUAUCUUCCGUUAUCAAGACUUGUAUUCGGAUGAGGAAGUCGACGGUGAGUCACGAUCUGAGAAUGAUGAUGACCAUGAACAACAGCUGGUGCCACAGCCACUACAAGGUGGCCAGGUAGUAAUAGCUACUCCAGCCGCUCCUGUUGUGCAGGCCAAUGAUCAGCCAGCCCCUGUUGUAAGUGCAGUCAACGAGCCGCAAGGAUUGCCCAGUCAGGUUGUAGCUGGAUCGACCGCUUCUUCAGGUGUAUUGAAUCAGCAAGCUCAAGCUGUUUACUAUCCAAUGCCUGCAGCUGGAGGACGUCCUAUGGCUGUUUUACCUCCGCCCCCUGGUGCUGCUCCUGUACCUUUGGCAGCAAAUUUCGCUAAUGCUGCUGUUGCUGCAGGAGUUCCUUCACAGUCGGUCCCAGUUGCUGGUGUUACUCAACUAAACGGUGUUGUUGCUCACGAAGAGCUCAUUACAAACAUACAACAAACAACUGUUGCUCAACAACCACAACUGGCCGCCGCCAAUCAAACUCCAUCACCGGUUUUGACACAAGCCGCUGGCACUGUUUCGGUUGGUAACGCUACUGUACUUGGUGCUCAGGCUCCAGCUGGAGUUGGCAGUGUUCCUGUUGCUGUAUCAGCCUCUGCUGCAACUGGUCUGCCCCAAAAUCCCGCAUCAGCGAUACCAAAUUAUCAACAAUCACCUCUUAUGCCAACACAUAUCCUCCAACAACCUCAACAACAGCCACAGCAACCAUUACCGAACACACCUUCACAAAUGCAACAACCACAAACUCUUCUACAACAAACACCACUAACCGCCGGCACAAACAUUGUCGAUGUUGACGAUACUAUUAGUUCCAACACAAUCAACAUCUCGUCGACUGCUCCUCCUUCGGUAAGUGAACAACAACAACAACAGCAGCAACAAUCCCGCCCUAAUACAGCCGCUAAUGUUGUUGCCAGUGGUCAAACAGUCGCGUCAGCUGCUACAUCAGUUUUAGAACCAACUCCAGCUCCCGUUGUUGAAGAUUUCAAGACGAUCAACGAACAACAACAGCAAGAGAAAUACGAAGCUGCGAAACAACAACAGCAACAACAAAACGAACUUAAAACAUAUGCCAAUCUAUUUAAGUCCCCUCCCCCCAAUAGUUUUGUAAAAGCCGCCAUGCAACAACAACAGCAAUUACAGCAACAACAGCAGCAGCAACAACAACAAACCGUCAGUAGUAUUUAUCAGCAGACCAAUUCUUCGAAUAUUACAUCAUCGAAUACCUAUUCGCAAUCGGCCAGUUCAACAACCUCGAUGCCAGUCUAUGGUAAUCGCAAUAACGACAACACCUCAAUGCGUCAGGAUAACAACAAUAGUCAGGGUAGUGGUGCUCCAUUGCCUCAACGUUCAAAUGCUAAAGGAUUUAAUAAAGAUUUUGAACCACGCCGCACCACUAAUAGCCAACAAUUUGGAGACAGUCAACAGUUGUUUUUGGGCAACAUCCCACAUCAUGCGUCUGAGGAUGAACUAAAAGCACUGUUUAGCCGUUUUGGCCAAGUAGUAGAUUUAAGGAUUCUAUCGAAAAGUAGUGGCAAGUUACCACCUGGCGCUAGAAACCCCUUGAAUUACGGUUUUAUUACAUAUAACGAUGCCGAGGCAGUUCAAAACUGUUUGGCCAAUUGUCCUCUGUAUUUCCCCGAUUCGGCCGAUGGACAAAAAUUGAAUGUGGAAGAGAAGAAACCAAGAACUCGUCCCAACGAUAUGCCACCACGUCAGAAUAUGGGAGGCGGUGGUAGUGGCGGCAGUGGUAUGAAUAGCAUGAACAAUAACCAACGUAACAUGAGUGGUGGACCACCAUCGCGAUCACUAUCAAAUUCUGGUAGUGGAAGUAUGAUGCGUGGCAAUAGUGUGGGCAACAACACCAAUAGUAUGUCUCGUGGUGGUUCUAGUGGUGGUGGCUCCGGUGGUCCCCCACGCAUGGGUGGUGCUUUUAAUCGUAACGAUAAUCGGGCCUCUAAUGGUGGUGGUAGCGGCGGUGGUUCACAAAUGCGUGGCGGUAAUAAUAAUUCACAGUCACAGGGUAACAGCUACGGAGUACGACGCUAACCAUUAAUAUUCUUCUAUCAUCCACAAACACCUCCAGCACCACAAUCAUCAUUACCACCACCACCUACACAACAACAAACAGUGUCGGCGGCAACAGCAACAACAAAUGUAGUAGCUCGACCAGCGCUGAAUUGUUAUGCAAACACUACAACAAUUGUAGCUACCGCAACUCCUCAAUAAAAGAAAACAAAAACAAGCAAAUACCAGAUUUGAAAAACACUCUCAAUCUCAACAAAAUAAAAAAAAACAAACAACAACAGCUGAAAAAGUUACAGCAGAGUAAUUAAAUGUAAUCUUUAUAAGAUGUUUCAUGCCCGCGUAAGCUCCCAUUUUAGCGUUCCUUUUUUUAUUUAAAUAUGUUUUUAUUUACAUUUAUUUGUACUUUUAGUGAUUUUUUACAAUAUUUUUGAUAAAUUUUGUAAAACAAAGUAUUUUCUUUAUGUGUAUUUUUUAUUAUUUUAAUUUUUUUUAUUUUUUUUUUGCCUAAGCUGCCUUUUUAUGUAAAAAGCUGUGGCCGGAAAGCUGUUGUAAAAAAUCCGAAAUUAAAAACAAUCUUGUAGUUUUUCAAUUUGAAAGAGAAAAAACCGUUUUAUAGUAUUUAUUUUUAAAAAUUUUUUAUAACAAAAUAAAAUUAAAACCCCCAAAAUAUAUAUAAAUGUGUAUAAACAAAUUAUAGAUGUAUUGAGUUAUUUUUUUAUACGAAUUGAAAAACUGCAAGUUUGUGGUUUAAAGAAAAAGAGAGUAGCUUUUGAAGCUGUCAUUUUCUUUUCAUUCAUUCCGCCAUUUAAAUAUUUUCUUUUUAUUUAUUUUUUUUUUGUGAGAAAUCUUGGUAAAAUUCUAUUUGAGGAAAAAAGGAGAAUUUUAAUUUUGUAAUGUUUCUAAAUUAUUGUUGAAUUAAUUUUAUUUUUUAAACAAGUUUUCUAUAUUAUUAUAUUUUUGUAAAUUUCUUAAUUUUGAUUUCACUUUUCCAUACCAAACAAGACUAAAAGCUUUUUAAAGCUGUUAUUAAAAAAAAAUAUAAACAAAUAAGAUACACACGGCGGCGCCUUAAACAUAAAUUUAAAAAAGAACACAAAAAAACAUAUAUUUCACAUCUCUCUAUCACUCUCUCUAGUUUUCAUUUUAAGCUCUCAUUUUAUGCUUUUUAUGAAACAAAAUUUAGCUUCAUUUAUUUUAAAAAAGAAAUCUGUUUUUUAUUGUCUUCUUUCUUAUUUUUAUUAAAUGAUAUUGAAAUGAAAUUUUUUAAUAAACAUUUUUUUUUGUAAUUUAUAAAAAUAAAAACAAAAUACAUAAAAAUAUGAUGUAAUUAAAAUAUAACAAGAAUUUUUUUUAAUUUUAAUAAAAAAAAUUAAAUAUAUAUUUAAAAAAAAACAAAAUUAAA